CUGCUGCUCGACGGUCCACCCUCCGUCUCGUUUCGCUCACGUGACGUCACGUGCGGACACUCCCUUUCCCCCAGAAGAGGGGAAAAGAUGGCGCCCACGCACGUCCUGAGAUGCUGUCAACGGGGCUUAGCAUGGAUACCUGUGAUAUUUAUCGCGCUCGUCGUCUGCUGGUCCUACUACGCUUACGUGGUGGAGCUCUGCUUAUUUACAAUUCCCAGCAUUGGAGAGCAGAUUGUCUACCUGAUCUUCUUCCACCUCUCCUUCAUCAUGUUUGUGUGGUCUUAUUGGAAGACUAUCUUCACCAAGCCAGCCAACCCAUCCAAAGAGUUUUGCCUGCCAAAGGAUGAAAAGGAGCGGUAUGAGAAAGAGGAGAGGCCCGAGUCCCAACAGGAGAUUCUGUGGCGAGCUGCCACCAGCUUGCCUCUGUACACUCGCACUGGUGCCGGAGCAAUCCGAUACUGUGACCGCUGUCAGGUGAUAAAGCCGGACCGGUGUCAUCACUGCUCAGCCUGUGACAUGUGUGUGCUGAAGAUGGACCACCACUGUCCCUGGGUCAACAACUGUGUAGGCUUCUCCAACUACAAGUUUUUCAUCCUUUUCCUGGCCUACUCGCUGGUGUACUGCUUGUUCAUUGCAGCCACGGUUCUGCAGUACUUCAUAAAGUUCUGGACACUUUGCCGGAGGAAAUCGGCAGAAAACUGCCCAAAGAAUGAGCUGCCAGACACUCAUGCCAAAUUCCACGUCUUAUUUCUUUUUUUUGUGGCCGCCAUGUUCUGCAUCAGUAUUUUGUCCCUCUUCAGCUACCACCUCUGGCUCGUAGGGAAGAACAGGUCCACUAUAGAGGCAUUCCGAGCACCCGUGUUCAGAACAGGCUCCGAUAAGAAUGGCUUCUCUCUGGGAUUCCGGAAGAAUAUCGCUCAGGUCUUUGGAGACCAGAAAAAAUACUGGCUGCUUCCCAUCUUCACCAGCCAGGGCGAUGGUCUGACUUUCCCCACCCGGCUGGUCAACACUGACGCAGAGCAGGCCACUGUGACACUGCAGCCAGAGCCCAAUAAAAGCGUGGCGGACGUAGCCAUCCCUGUGAGCCCACUCAGUGAGUCUCAGAAUCGCCUUCUCAGCAACGAUCAGCAUGCCAACAACAUUGAAGAGCAGCUGGCUGACAACAGCUUUAGAACAGGUGAGCUUCAGUGGGAAUGA